AGUCUCUGGUAGACAUGGCACCAAAGUACAUCCUUGAGCAGUUUCUUCAGCAGGAGCUUCUAAUCAACAUUACUGAACACGAGCUUGUUCCAGAGCACAUAGUGAUGACUAAAGAGGAAGUAACCGAGUUGCUAGCACGAUAUAAACUAAAGGAAAGCCAGCUUCCCAGAAUUCAAGCUGGGGAUCCCGUCGCCCGUUACUUUGGCUUAAAAAGAGGCCAGGUUGUUAAGAUCAUCAGACCGAGUGAAACUGCUGGACGGUACAUCACAUACAGAUUGGUCCAGUAA